UAUAUACAGUACUCUUGGGUACAUGUCAUGUCAUGUGUACAUGUGUCGCGUGUGGUCGAAAGAAAAGGGCGUCAGACAUCCUUGCUAUUAAUUAUGUCGGAAAUCAAUGAUAUUUUAAAAUUACAUCCAUCUCUCGAAUUUAUAAAUGAUAGUAAAAAGGUAAAAUGUAACCUGUCAGGUCAUGAGAUGCCUGCAAAGGUUGAGGUCAUUGCAGCAUACACGCAAGGAAAAAAGUACAAAAGGUUACGCAAAGAGGGUGAUUUUGAUUUUAUGGCUCAUGAAAAGCAUAUUGUUCCAAGUUUUAAAAAGGGACAUGAACAUCAACUGUUUUGUCGUCUGACAUUUCGACACAUCAGCAAAGAAUCAAAGGAUGUUGAAAGACAUGUGAAUGGAAGACGAUACAACAGAGCUUUGAAAAAAUAUGAGGAAUGUCAAAGACUAGGCAUCCCCUUUAAGCCAAACAAACCAAAGAAACAUAAUGCCCCUGAAGAAGAGUUAAGGAAACGUGAGGGCUGGACAGCAAGCGAUGGCUCAGGGUCAAGUGAUGCGGAAUCGGAGGACAGUUUAAGUGACCUUUACCCUCCUGAAUUAUUUGGUCCUUUUGAUCAAAAAGAAGGUAAUAGUGAAGAUGCAGAUAAUGAAAUGGUAACUGCAGUGCCAACCAGUAAUAAAUCAAGACAAAAUGGCAAGAAACCCAAAGGUUUAAAACAAACUAAAAACAGUGACAAGUCAAUUGAAGAAAAGAAACCAAAUAAGAGGAAACUAAAAGAAGCCCUUGGAAAGAAAAUUACCUCAAAAUGUCAUGGGAAAAUGAAAAAGAAACCCAAGGUUAAAUAAGAAAUGGAGAUAAUUGGCUCUCUCCAGUCAGUGCAAAGAUGAUGCAUUUAUCGCUGCCUACCAAGAUAAAAAAUUAUGCAACAUGGCCAUUUUGGAUUUAAGGUCACAAAUCUGGUGUCAAAAUGUUGUUGAUUUUCCCUUUAUUUUCCCUUCCAGAAGAUAAUAUAUGAAAUGACGAAUAAAUUGUUUUCAUAUACAAGCCUGUCCAGUAAUCAUAAUUUUAUGUUGGGCUGUAUGUUUUAUGAUUUCUAUCAGAGUAAGAAAAAUAUUACAAUAUAUUAUUAUAUCUUGCUUUUAUGUUAAAAAUAAAAUAUUUUAUGUUAAAAACUGUAUAAGAUAUAAUUAAAUGUUAUCCAAAAACAGUA